UUGUAGUCCCUUUCAGGCUUUCACAGCUCAUACUAUAAAGCAUACUUUAUCAACAAGACUUGACUUGACAGCUUCCUUUGUACAAGCCUUCAAUCUUCCCGUCUUUCAUAAUCAAAUCCCUAUCUGUCUCUCUCAAAACUUGGAAAAAUUCAAAGCUCAUGCUACCUCCCAUUUCAAGUGUCCCAGAAUUUUCAAAUUCUUCUUAAUAAUUCAUGGGGAUAUAAACAAACAAACAAGCAAUUAUCAAUUAUUCAAGAUGCGAUUGAAGCCCCUCAGCUCUCUCGAUCAUCAGCAAUGGAGUUCUCAUCAGACGAUAACAAGUUGAGAGUUGAAAAGCGUUACAGAGGGGUGAGGAAGCGGCCGUGGGGGAGAUACGCGGCGGAGAUAAGGGAUUCAACCCGGAACGGAGCGCGAGUUUGGCUGGGGACAUUCGACACCGCGGAAGAGGCGGCGUUGGCGUACGAUCAAGCGGCGCUAUCGAUGCGCGGGAAGUCGGCGUUCCUCAACUUUCCGACGGAGAAAGUGCAGGAGUCGCUGGACAACAUGGAGUACUGGUGCGAGGAGGGUUCGUCUCCGGCGGCCACGCUCAAGGCGACGAACAAAAUGACGAUGAGGAGAAGAAAACUUCAGAGGAAGAAGAAGAAGAAGAAGAAAAAUGAUGACGAUGAGAAUGGUUCAGUUCUGGUUUUUGAGGACUUGGGAACUGAGCUUUUAGAGGAGCUCUUGACUUCAUCAUCCAUGGCCGCUGCUUAAUUAAUUUAAUUUAUUCUGCUGGCCGGCCGGGUUCAACCACAGAUCAGAUAUAUGCUGCUUUAAUUUGGUUCUUGUACAUGCAGUUGUUAGAAUAUUAAACAAUAUAUAUGAUAAUGUUUUAGCUAAUAUAAGUGUAGCAAGUAUUGUUAAGGAUAAGAAUAAUGUUGUACUCAAUAAUAAUGCUC